AGAUCGCAGAGGGGCGUCCCAUGCGAUGUACCACCCACAAGUUUCGCGUGUUUUGGACUCGCGUAAACCGUAACCCGAUCCGCAAAAGAAAAAUCUACACAACGAACACGGAAACAUUCCUUACGCGUGGAUACGUGACGUUUGGACGCACGCUUGACGUCUCAGCCGAUGUUUGCUGCUUUCCUUCGUUUGAUACGUAUUCUGUAAGGCUUGUUGUGUACAACAGAGGGUAGAGGAACUCCGUAACGACCAUCAUUGCUGUUGGGAUGUCCCGGUGAUCAACAGCGCCAAGCAGUGCGGCAGUUGAUGAAGCGUUUACUGGAGCGACGACCCAACGCCAACUAUUUGACCCGUGGAUUUCAGGACGGGACCGCUAUCGUGAACUCUACUGUCCAGUUGUUGUCCGAACCUACGUGUAACAGUACACUCAAGACACUCCGCUCCGUACUGGACACAACUCUAGGGCAUUGUCUUUCGUGUAAGGCGUAGAGGGAUCGUACAAACAACUUUACUCGUCGAAAAAAUUGCGGGCAGCUUCGGUGGACCAUAGCGGUACCGUGGCGAGCCAAGUGUUCAGGGUCGGCCCGUACUAGGAGGGACACCAACCUGAGCGGACUAUUCCACGCUGUAUGGACUAGCUGGGUGGAAAUUAUUAGUACAACUGUGUGUAGUUGUGUGUAAGGUUCGUUCUGUCUUUGUGUCGGUGAGCUGAAAAUUGUUUACGACCAGAGAGAGCGCGCCAUCCGACCCGAGAGUAGAGCACUGAACUGGGGAGGGCACGAACCGAGUGAGUGGGGGUACACUACCCCUACAAGGUCUUUCAAAGCCUUCAACACCUUCUCCUUAUAAAACUAAGAUUGGUGCAGUAUAUAAGGAAGGAAGGCCUGGACUAAAAAAAGACGAUGGCUGUUGUGCUCCCGGAGGCAGAUUUCGUCCAGCCGCUGUCCAAAGUGUACGAGUGUCCCAUCUGCAUGUUGGCGUUCCGAGACCCCGUACAGACAGCGUGCGGGCACCGCUUCUGCGCCGACUGCCUUGGACCAUGUAUGAGGAAGAAGAACCCACAAUGUCCUAUAGACGGGUUGGAGCUCCAUCCAGACAAGUUGUUUGCAGAUGUGGCGUUCAGCAGACAGGUGCUGUCCCUGACUGUCAGGUGUAACUUCCGCAGCGAUGGCUGUGAUUGGAAGGGGGAGCUCCGAGACCUACAGGAGCAUCUUGAGACCUGCACGUACAGAGACAUGGUGAACAUGGCCUGUGGUCAGGUGGGAGGGAAGAAGGCACGGAAGGAAGAGGCAGUCAGCAAGAUCAAGAAAUGUAAACACUGCGGGAAGGAGGUUCCAUCCAGAGAAAUGGUGCUUCACCACGAGAGCUGCCUGGCCGUGCCUGUGAACUGUCCCAACAGCUGCGGCCUGAAGGACCUUCACCACGAGAGCUGCCUCGCCGCCGUUUCUAACAUCUCACAGCUUCACCACGAGAGCUGCCUCGCUGUGCCGGUGAACUGUCCGAACAGCUGCGGCCUGAAGGACGUGGCCCGCAGCCAGCUUCCACAGCACCUGGACCCGGUACGCGGGAACUGUCCGCAGUCCGUCCUGCCCUGUCCCUUCAAACCAGCGGGAUGUACCUUCCAGGCCAAGCGCCCAGAGAUGAACAAGCACCUGAAAGUCUUGCCGCAGUACCACUUGGGACUCCUGUGUCAGAAAAUCAACGACAUCCACCAGACACUCGCCAAACACGAGGGGCAGAUGCGCGCGCAAGCCGCUAAAGUCGCCGAGCAGAACGAGCGCAUCCAGAACCAGAACGCUCUCCUCACGAGCCAACACCAGCGCGUGAAAUCUCAGAACGGUAAGCUCGAGAGCCUCACCGUGAAAGUCUGCAACCAGAGCGAGAAAAUCGAACUCCUACAGACGGAACUCUUGAGAAAAGAAGCCAUCAUUGCAGAACAGAUGAAGAAGAUCAAAGAACUGGAAGUCACGAGUUAUGACGGCUCGUUGCUCUGGAGAAUAAACAACUUCAGCCAGCGGCACCAGGAAGCGGCCAGCAAGCAGGUCCCGUCCAUAUACAGCCCGCCGUUCUACACCAGCAGAUUCGGGUACAAGAUGUGCAUUCAGGUGUUCGCUAACGGCGGCGGCGAGACGCGCGGAACGCACAUGUCGAUCUACUUCCACAUCCUGAAGCAUCGGUACGACAGUGUGCUCCAGUGGCCAUUCCCGCACAACAUCACGUUCACGCUGCUCGACCAAUCGGAUGACUCGAACAAGGCCGAGCACAUCUCGCACACUCUGGUUCCGGACGCCACCGCGCCCAACUACCAGAGACCGACGACUAGCAUGAGCGAGGGCCGCGGAUUCCACAAGUUUGUCUCGCUGGAAAAGCUCUGGAGUCGUAGCUACACAAAAGACGACAACUUGUUCAUCAAAGUCAAGGUCCACUGUUAG